AUCCUCGCACGGCAAUAGCAGCCAGAUAAUAACAAUAUUAUUAGAGCCUGGAACCGAUAUAUUAUAGACACAUAAAAAUCCCCCACCAUGUCGGUUGCCUUUGCUUCUGCUCGCCCAAGAGGCAAAGGGGAGGUCACCCAGCAAACUAUCCAGAAGAUGCUAGAUGAAAAUCACCACCUAAUACAAUGUAUUAUGGAUUAUCAGAGCAAGGGGAAAACUGCAGAAUGUACUCAAUACCAACAAAUCUUGCACAGAAACCUGGUUUACUUGGCAACAAUAGCAGACUCUAACCAGAAUAUGCAGUCCUUGCUUCCUGCUCCACCAACGCAAAAUAUAAACUUGGGCCCGGGAGGGAUGAGUCAGAGCGCAUCCAACCAAUCCCUCCACUCCCAGAGCAAUCUCAGCGAUGCCAUCGGGACCGGCCUUCCUCCUUCCUCCCUCAUGCAGAGUCAGAUUAGCAAUGGUCCUAACCACGUGUCUAUGCAGCAGUCAGGCCAGAACACCAUGCCCACGACCUCUCUGAGUAUGACUGUCAGCAGCCACGGGACUGGCCCUGGUUACAGCCACACAGUGCCUGCCUCUCAGAACGUGCCAAUGCAAGGCCAGGGCUCAAUAGGCAAUUACGUCUCUCGAACAAACAUCAACAUGCAGUCCAAUCCAGUCUCCAUGAUGCACCAGCAAGCAGCAACGUCACAUUACAACUCGGCACAAGGAGGGAGCCAGCACUACCAGGGACAGUCCUCCAUUGCCAUGAUGAGCCAGAGCAACCAAGGCAACAGCAUGAUGGGGCAGCGACCCAUGGGCCCUUACAGAGCUUCACAGCAAGGUUCCUCGCAGCAGUACAUGGGUCAGGAAGAAUAUUACAGUGAGCAGUACAGUCAUGGCCAAGGCUCAUCAGAACCUAUGAAUCAGCAAUACUAUCCAGAUGGACAUGGUGAUUAUGCCUAUCAGCAGUCAUCCUAUACUGAACAGAGCUACGACCGGUCGUUUGACGACUCUACACAGCACUACUAUGAAGGAGGAAAUUCUCAGUACAGCCAGCAACAGGCAGGAUACCAACAGGGAGCUGCACAACAGCAAACAUAUUCCCAGCAGCAAUACCCAAAUCAACAGAGUUACCCAGGACAACAGCAAGGAUAUGGUCCUGCACAAGGAGCCUCUUCACAGUAUUCCAGCUACCAACAGGGACAGGGGCAGCAAUAUGGAAGUUACAGAGCUUCCCAGACAGGCCCAUCCGCUCAGCAACAGAGGCCUUAUGGCUACGAGCAGGGACAAUAUGGAAAUUACCAGCAAUAAAAGAAUACAGUGCUGUGUCAGAUUCCUUUCAAUAGUAUCUCAAUCUUUUGAACUGGAUGUACAGGCAGUUUUGAUUAAUUGUAAUAUGUUGGUUACCCCUUAGCACAAAGCAGCGUCUGUAUGUGAACAGUGUUCAUUUCAUGCUGGAUAUGAAGCAGUGCACUACUGGUAACAAGACAAUGCUUUAAUGGUUUGAUAUUUGGUGCUGUGUAUAGUACUGUAUGUUGAUACAAUGCAGAAGUUUUCCAUUUACCCCCUCUUGUCCCAUUCUCGAUGUUUCUGAAUAGCUUUAGGAUCAUUAGAUCACAGUUGUGCCCCGUUCUGGAAAGCAGCCAGGUUGUUCUGCAGUCUGGCCCAAUGCAAAGCCCAUCAGUCACAUCUCAGUGCAGGGAAGUUCCCUGUGGUAAGUUAUUGAUCUUUUUUAAACUGGAUGCAUUGAAGAUUACCUGCCAGCCUCCAAAAUCCAUGGCUCUUCAGUUUACUUCUACAGAACAAGGGGAUGGGUAUAUUCCUUAUAAAAUGUCAGUUCUAUGCUAUAUGACAAAAAAUUACUGCAACUUCUGUAAUACCUACCUACCUACCCAAAUCCUAAAAUUCAGUAAUCUGCAUAAGUCCACAUUUCUGUUGUGAAAGGUACAGAAAGAGGAUCCAAACCUAUGAUCAUAGAAAUGUUAAUAAAUAGAAGCACCUUUUAUAUGUCUGUGUAAACAAAGGUAUUUCUGUCGUGGAAAGAAAAACAGAAGGGGGCUCUGAGACCUACAGUGUCAGCCUGCUUGAUGUCAAUAUUGCUUCAUAUCAUGCUUAGCUGAGAAAAACAUCUGGCAGAAGUCCCGUCUUGAAUAUCCUACUCCAAAUUUUAUAAUUUGCAUAUACAUUUUUGUGCCAAAUUUUGCAAGCAGGUGGCUGGCAUCCUUCUUUAUUCUGAUUCUUGUGCUGCCUUUGCUCAGAUUCCCCAGCAAGCAUUAUAACCAUAAAUAUUGUCAAAUUUGGUGGUCUGUUGUUCUUACACCUCAUCAUCACUUUUAUUUUCCUGUUGUAGCUUGACAGAAAAAUAGUUCAGAGGUAAAAGAAAAAAAAAUUGCAUCUUUAUUGCGGACAAGCAAUUAAAUUCAGCUUUAAUUGUGAGAUACUAUUAUGCAUAUAGAGAGGGGAGCUAUUAAUGGGGUCAACCAGUGAGAGAAUACCUAUAGAGGGAGAAUUUAGAGAGAAAAACUAGUGGUAUGUAAAAAUCAGUAUGAACAAUGUAAGUCGCUUCUAUUCAGUUUUAUAUGUUCUUAUAAAGUCUUGGGGAGGGUUGAAACAAAAUGCGCUUUUAAAAUACUUAUAUAAGUGUUGAACAAAAUACUGUGUCCAAAUUUCUCUGAAGCAAAAAUCUGAGGUGGCUGUGUAGCCCCAAAAAAACAAAAACAUUUUUUGUUUUAACAUUAAACUCAAAAACAUUUUUUGAGUUUAACUGCAAAUUUACAAAAGUAGAUACACUGUGUAGGAUUUUCUCCUUUUCUUUGUCUGACUGGUGUUAUUUAUGGGAUUUCAAGUACUUUAUAUUUUGAAAAACAAAGACCACAAGGAAAACACAACAUCUCUCAAUUCAUUGCUUUUUUCCCUUCUUUUUCCUUUUCCUUUUCCUUUUCUUCCUAAAGAAGAAGAUCUUUAUCUAGACAACUAGGAGGUUUACUAUUAAAUGUUGUCCAAGCACUGUCCUUCCUUUGUUAAUAAUUUCAGCUACUGGUAAAAUAGAAGACUUUUUUUUUCAGUCAGUCCUCAUUUCUCUCAUCUUUCCUGCUGGUGUUUUCAUACAAAUAAGUACUCUCAAAUAGAAAGGAACAGAAAGGAAGAUUGUUUUCUUUAUAAUAAUUACUAUUACAGGUAGCCAGAAGAAUGCAAUAUUGCUCUUUGCCAGUUUGGGAAUAUGCCUUUUGUGUGGUUUUUGAAAGUGCUGAAAUGCUUUUGAGAGAAUAUGAGCAACACUUAAACCGAAACAGCAACAUUACAUCAAUCUGAAAUGUCUUACAUUAAGAACUUCGUGAAUGUUGUGUAUAUAAUGUAUUUGAAAGAGCACUUUGAAAAUAGUUUGUACAUUUAUUUCCUAAUUUAUACAUGAUUUUUGGUGUUAAUAUUUCUAAUUGUUAAUAACAAAACAUUUAUUUAAUGUGUCGUCCAUUUUUAUGUAUUAAUGUGGAAACAAAGUGAUGCCAGCAUUUUGACUUCUUCCAUGAAUUGUAUCAUUUUCUGUUUUGUAAUACAGAAUGCUUGAAAAUUGUUUAGUUUAAAUAUUAUCUGAAAGUGGA